AUGUUUGCAUCCCUUCAUAUCAACAUUCCCUUCAUUGAAGGCCUUCAACAGAUGCCUUCAUAUAUCAAGUGCAUGAAGGAGUUGCUGACUAAGAAAAAUCCAUUGAAAGGUGGACAAACAGUAGUGAUGAAUAAGGAAUGUAGUGCUCUCAUCCAGAAAGACUUGCCCACAAAGAAGAAGGAUCCAGGGAGCUUUCACAUACCUUGUUCUAUAGGGGAUACAAAGAUUGACAAAGGAUUUUGUGAUUUGGGAGAAAGCAUUAAUCUAAUGCCUCUGUCUCUCAUGAAGAAGCUGCAAAUUAAUGAAUUGAAACCCACAGAUGUAAUCAUCCAAUUGGCUGACAAGACUCAAAAACAAGCAAUAGGAGUGGUUGAAAAUGUACUGGUGAAGGUGGGGAAGUACUUCCUCCUUACGAAUUUUGUUGUACUUGAGAUAGAAGAAAGCUAUCUCCAUCCAAUUAUUCUAGGGAGACAAUUCUUGGCCACACCCAGAGCACUCAUAGAUGUUGAGCAAGAGGAGUUGGUAUUGAGAAUACAUGAUGAACAACUCACCUUUCAUGUUUUCAAGCCCUCACACGAAGCUGAACAAGAAAACAGAGAUCUAAAGGACGAUCACAAUGAAGUACUCUUAAGGGAAACAAGCAGAGAAUCACAAGUAGAACAUGUGAAGACCCCCUUGGUAGAAAUACAGGAAGUUCAAAUGAUACAACAACCAAGGAAUCCUAAGGAAGAGCUGAAACCACAAGAUUCAAGAGAUACAAUCCACAAUGAUCCUUCUGACACAGGAAUCAUCAAGGCACCACUUGAAGAAGAGAGGAGGAUUGGGAAGAAGGUACCCAGGAGGUGA